AUGGAUGCUAUAGGUAAUUUGCUAAUAUUCAAUCCUACACCACCAGGCUUCUAUCCAUCAAUACCAGGAACAGGAUCAAUACCAUUUAUUACAUCCGAAAAACCAUGUCUACCGGGUAUGUAUAAAGAUCAAUCCGGUAUAAAUGAUUGUAUCCUUUGCCCAACUGGCACGAAAAAUCCUGGCAAUUCUACAAUCAAAUGUCUGUCAUGUACAUCUGAAUCCUUUUGUUCUCUUGGUUCAGUAGAUGAAAUAUCUCAUUCUGCACUAGAAACUGUCACGCAAGUGAUUGCCUAUCCGGAAUCACCGGAAAGUACUAUAUUUGAAGAGAUCCUAAUUCACAAUAUGUUCCAUAUAGGAAAAGGACAUUGCUUGGUCGUAUCACCUUUAUUUUGGACAUUGAUCGCAGCUGCUAUAGCUAUUCUCAUACUGAUAGUAGUAGGAAUACUGCACUGUUGUACUGCAAAUCCAACAAGUAGUCGAGUAAGAAGAAUAAUUAAAUGGGUAUUUCAAAAAACAGAUCUGAUUCGUGAAGGUGAAUUAUGGGUGGGUGGUUUAGCUUCAUUUUCACUAAUAGUUAUGGUUAGUUUUGCCUAUGCCUUUAGCAAUAAUUAUUUGAAGCAAUAUCCAAUUGAAACAUCAUCUGACUCUUAUUUUGCUUGCGACCUAUCAAUUCGUAAUGCUAAAUUCCAAACAAAUCUUCAAUCAUUGGCUAUACCACGUGUAGAAGCCGAAAAAAAUAUGUUUGAUUUGUUAGAACAACAAAAUUUGACGCUUAAUAUCGAUUUCAUUAAUACAUUGAUUAAUUGUGAUAUUAUAUCACUUAGAGCUUUAUUUGGCACGACUUGGUCGACGAUUCGUUGGUCCACUUGUGAAAAUGUCCAUUCGGUUCUAUCCUUAACGAUUCCACUACCUUUUCAACUCACGUCUGUAGAAAUUACCUUAGCCGGUAUUCAAACUAUUGGUGCUCUACGCAUAGGCCUAAGUGGUCAUUCACAUGAAGACGAGUUAUAUCAUUUGAAAGAGUUAAAUGCUUCUCAAUCUUUUUCAAAGAAUGGAUCUCUUCUAGCACAAACAUUACCUGUGGCUCUAUCACUAACAAAAGUUAUCAAUGAAACAUUACCGAUGGAAGGUGAAGAGGGCAACUUUACCGGUAUCUACAUUCUUACAUUUACGACUAAUUCAGAUAGUUUAUUCCUUUCACAAGAUCAAUACGUUCAAUCAACAUCAUCAGCAAUAGUGCUGACGCUUGUGAUAAGUGAAACACCCUUCUAUGUUAAAAAUGUACAACAACCCAUAGCUAAACAAGCCGAGAUUAUAUUUCGUACCAUCCUAUUUACAGUAGUUUGUUUAGAAUUAUUUGGUCUAGUAUUUAUAUUGUACACGUUAAUACUAGAACCGAUCUAUCAUUUACUCCGUCGAGUAUUUUGUCGUCGAAAUGAGAAAUACAAAGCGAAUGGCCAAAAGACGAAUGGUGAUUUCAACUAUAUGGAUGAUACAUCUAAUACUACGAGUAUUAUUGAUGAACAUAUGACAUUUAAGUUCUAG